AUGGCAUCUGCAGGCCAGAGCAUUCAGCAGCAAAAAGGCUCGCUGGAAACGCGGAUCAAGACUCUCAUCAACAAUGAUCUGAAGGAGAUUUGCAAGGCAUACGACUAUCAAGUCUCGGGUACUAAGGCUGUCCUGCAGAAGAGAUGCAUUGAAAUUCUUGACGACUUGGUGAGCCUGAACAACGUCGAGGGCUUCCAAGACCUUUCCUAUCGCGUCGCCAAUCACGGAGCGGCCCCACCCAACAAACCAGUCACAUCUUCUGGAGCAUCGCAUAGCAACGGCAUGAACGGCAUGAACGGCACUCACCACGGAUACGGAAUGGCGCCAGGUUAUCCACGACCGCAGGCCCAGCAGGUGAACAGCGCACAUUUUUUCAAGUCUAGUCCUUUCUACGAGAUCAAAGACACAGUCUUGCCACGGCAGGAGCUCGCUGUUGGCCCAGAAAUGCCGCAGAACCGCCACACCGUGCGCGCCGUUCUCGCUCUGAAUAUCGACCAUGUCAAGCAGCUCCGAGAAGAUCCCAACACACGACUCCUGCUCUACUGUGGGAUGAACACGACGCCCAUGACCCAGAUUGACGUUUCGUUCCCGAACCAGCUCGAAGUCAAGAUUAACGGUGAUGACGUGAAGGCAAAUUACAAGGGCCUGAAGGGAAAACCUGGCACGACGAAGCCGGCGGACAUCACUGACAACGUGCGCAAGACCCAAGGAUAUCAGAACCAGAUUUCCGUCACCUACGCGUUGACGAAGAACAAGUUUGCUUUUGUCGUGURCUUGGCGAAACGUGUGACCGCCGAUACCCUAGCAGAGCGGCUCAGGAGUGGGAGGGUUGGCGGCGUGAUCACGAAAAAGCAGGUGAUCGAUGAGAUGAGCAAGACCAACUCCGACGAUGACAUUGCCGCGACUUCAGUGCGCAUGUCACUCAAGGAUCCAAUAUCCACGCUGCGCAUCACUUUGCCAGUGCGUUCAAUCGUUUGCAAACACAACCAAUGCUUCGAUGGAUCGAUGUUCUUGCAACUUCAGGACCAAGCACCACAAUGGAGCUGUCCGGUGUGCAACAAGAGCGUUCAUUACGAUUCUCUAUGCAUUGAUAAGUACUUCGAAGACAUACUGCAGAAGACGUCAGCCUCCAUUGAGAAGGUUGACAUCGAACCUAACGGCGAGUGGAAGGUCAUCAAAGAAGGGGAAGAUGUUCCACCGCGCAAUGCACCCAAGGCAGGCCGUGCUCCGUAUGAUGAUGACUUCGACGACGACGACCUGAUUGACAUCACCGACGAGCAAGUCAGACCAAACGGUACAGUGGCGGCACUUCGGACGGCACCGAUAAUGCCGUCACCAGCGUUUCCCAUGAACACACCACCCUUGUCAUCAAGAGACGGGUCGAGGGCGCCCUCGCUGGCGUCAACGCAGGCGGGCAGUAAGCGUCCAGCCAGCGCCGUAAUUGAUCUGACAUUCUCCGACGAUGAGGACGAGCCUCCACGGUCUGCCAAAAGACUUACCACGAGUACGCAUCAUGGAACUUCCGCACACUCUUACAGCACCCCCUCCUCCUUCUCUGAUCCUCGCUUCACAUCCUUACCGGCUGGUCAAACUCACGUUGCUGACAGCUCUAGGCCGUCGAGUAACGCAGCAAGACCAGCAGGCUACUACCACGCCCACCAUCCGUAUGAAGCCUACGGCGGACGGACUGAAUCUCCGAUCCAACAAUCAUCGAGUGCAAGCCCAGGAUACGGUGGACAGCCUCCGCCACAACCAGGCUCAAACUGGUCGGCCCACCUCCCCCGUCCGUCCGUCACCACGCAUACGACUGGCCCAGCGCAGACCAACCUAGCCUCUCCGUUUGACUUUAGGCCUCCUUCGAUCGAUCCAAGCCAACAAGGGCCGUACAAUCCACUGCAGCUGCCACCAAUGCGAACGCAGCCUCAGCCUCACACCCCGUAUGAUACAGCGUGGCGUGACUUUAAGGUCAACGGCUUCAACACCUCCACUCCGCCCAGAUAG